UACAAGGUAGGACAGUUCACCACUUUCUCGGAUCUGGCACCCGCCGUGACCGUGAAUCUGAGUGAAACCUACUUCAUCUGUCCAGGCAACUUCUCCGCCACAUUGCUGCCCAGCAAACUUACUUUUUUCGACCGAGACCGCCUGCGCUUUUAUAAUCACCGGUGGAAUCGAAACUUGUUCCACUACAAUCCCCAACCGUGCUCAUUCACGUACCCGCUCAUUCUUGCUAGGUUGACACCGGAGCUCCUGGAGAAAAGCAUCUCGGCUAUUCCUGUCUCGUCAGGCUGA